ACGUCACUUCCGGAUGCGGCAGGACUCUGGAGUAGUAGUGCGAGGCAAGCGAAUUCAGCUCGGGUCUCUUUCGCUUCGUUAGCAUCGAGGCUAAUCAAUGACAGCUCUGUGUCGCUUUCGUGUUUCAGCCGCUGUAACACACACACUGUCCGCCACUGGUCCAGGAGCACCGCUUUCACCUGCCGAGAAGGAAAACGAGGAAAUGUCCAACACUUUAUCCCGUAUCGUCUGAGGAGUCGGCGGGUUUUUCAGUUGACGAUGAAUGGCCUGUCCGUCAGUGAGCUGUGUUGCCUGUUCUGUUGUCCUCCAUGCCCCAGUCGUAUAGCUGCUAAGUUGGCCUUCCUGCCCCCUGAGCCCACCUACACCCUUUUGCCUGACCUGGAAGCAGGCCCAGUGUCCACCACCACUACCACAGCACCCGGGCUCCGCUCUCGAGGCGGCGCUGCAGUAGGAGGUGGAGGAGGAACUAGCACUGUUGGAGCAGGAGCUGGUGGUGGCGGCACAGGAGGAGGAGGAGGAGGAGGAGGAGGGAGAGGGCGCUGGAAGCUCCAUCUCACAGAGCGGGCUGAGUUUCAAUAUUCUCAACGGGAGCUGGACGUCACGGAAGUGUUCCUGACGCGCUCGAGUCGAGGGAACCGAGUGGGCUGCAUGUACAUCCGCUGCGCUCCUACAGCACGGUUCACCGUUCUCUUCUCGCAUGGUAACGCUGUAGAUCUUGGGCAGAUGAGCAGUUUCUACAUCGGCUUGGGAACACGCAUUAACUGCAACAUCUUCUCCUACGACUACUCGGGCUACGGCGUGAGCACGGGAAAACCGUCCGAGAAGAACCUGUACGCGGACAUCGACGCGGCGUGGCAGGCUCUACGCACACGAUACGGCAUCAGCCCAGAGAACGUCAUCCUGUACGGGCAGAGCAUCGGCACGGUGCCCACGGUGGACCUGGCGUCACGGUACGAGUGCGCGGCCGUCAUCCUGCACUCUCCUCUCACCUCAGGCAUGAGGGUCGCCUUCCCCGACACCAAGAAGACCUACUGCUUCGACGCUUUUCCCAACAUAGAGAAGGUGUCAAAGAUCACGUCUCCAGUGUUGAUCAUUCACGGGACGGAGGACGAGGUGAUUGAUUUCUCGCACGGCCUGGCUCUGUACGAGCGCUGUCCCAAAGCAGUGGAGCCUCUGUGGGUGGAGGGGGCAGGGCAUAACGACAUCGAGCUUUACAGCCAGUACCUGGAGCGUCUGCGCAGGUUCAUCGGCCAAGAACUGGCAACCCAGCACACCUGAGGACCUCCCACACACCUCACCUUUCUCGCUCUCUCUCUCUCGUUUUCUCUCUCUUACCCGUUUACACUUCCUGUUUCAAGCAUCUCGAGAAUUAGGCUUUCAGAUCCCAAACGAAAAAGAACUCCUAUAUGCUUACGCUAUUUAUUUAUUUAUUUUUCCAUUUUGUCAGAUAGGUUUAUCCAUAAUAAACCACCAAACGCUUGGAGAAACAACGCUACCUCAAUGGAAAAAUAUUUCAAUAAUAUCGAAAUUUUAUUUUAAUAUAUAAAAACCCCCCCUUUUUUUUUUUUUUCGCUCACCAUAACAGAUCAAUAAUUCAAUAAAAGAAAUUAUAAAUAAAUUAGAUUAAUUAUAUACAAUAGUAUUACAUCUAAAGUAAUGUGUUGCAUUUUUAUAUACUUCAUAAAUUUUUAUAUAUUUAAUUCUAUUUAAGGGAAAAAAUAGAAUUAUGUCAAUACUAAAGAUUUCUAAAGCCGAGUUAAACGGACCUUAAAACCUGCCACCAAACACAAAGGAAGUGAGAUAAAUGUAUAUAAUAAAUACUUCAAUAAAUAUAUAAUAUACUCGUUAAGUGCUAGAAGUCGUGAAUUGAAGAAAUUAAAGAAAAUGAAUACAAAAGAAACCUCACCCGAAUAAUUUUUUCCGAGUCUCAUUAGUUUUUUAAGGAUUUUUUUUUUCCCUUUCUGUCAAUAAAUCUGAUUUAUACACAGCCACA